AUGGCUGACGGACUCAACGAAUACCGCACGGCACGCGUGGCCGAGCUUCUGUCGGAUUUCCGCACGAUCCAGUACUACAUCGCCGCGGCGGACUGCAACCCGGCCGACAUGGACGACUACUACACGGAGGGGUGGGCGGUGCUCCGGCAGUGCGCGCUCGACGGGCAGCACAUCCUGAACUGCGCGGCCGAUGUCACAGUUCCAUGCGCCAGCGGCGGGCCCGAAGAGCAGGCUAAGGCCGAGUUGAAACAGGUCCUUCUCGAUGCAUACGCACGCAGGCACGAAGGGCAAAAGAUCUAUCUCCGACAGGCGGCGGCACAGCGCUGGAUCGAAUGGCGGGACCAGGUCCUGAUGGGCGGCAGGCCGCACUCGGGAAACCAGCAACAACUUAGGGCUGUCGACCAACAGCUGCGAGCAGAGCUCGCCAACGUCACCGACGAGGUUGUCUACCAGGAGCUUCAAGUCUCCGACAUGACCAUGGGCCGCUGGACGGCCGAAGACCCGAGCCUGCGCGCGGUGCAGCGCUGGGUGCGGACCAGGAGGUGUUGA